GCAGGUGCAGACUACAGUAUGUUGCCUUCAUACUGGCAUGAGAACAAUAACCGUUUAAUUGUGAUUUGAGCAUGACAGCAUUUUUUUUAAUGACUUGGCUUUCUUCACUUUCAGGUGUUGGGAGUUAUUUGUGUUUAUGCGGCCAAGUGUUUGUCACUUUCCACCGACAGAGGGCAGCAAAGUGCGUGAAGAGCGGUUCGUCAAAAGGAAGACGUAAACAUUACGAAGAAGAAAAAUAGUUCCGCAUAGUCACAGGUUUUUUUCUGUCAGGCAGGACACUCACUGCACUGUGGUUCUCCGGUUUGGUCACAGCAUGGCAAGGCUAAAAGAGAAAAGGCGAGAGAAAAUCAGCGUCGCCUCUGAGAUUGACCGUCUGGAGGAGCAGCGGGUGCGUUGCCAGGACAACUUAGAGAGGGCGGAGUUCAGGAGCAGGAAGGAGAAGCUCUCUGAAAAGCAGAGACAAGAUCUGGAGGAUGAAAUGACCAUCAUGAAUGAGAGGGUGCAGAAGCUAGACAAGGAGCUGGAGAUGUUACGAGGUGAAAACCGGAGGAACAUGUUGCUGUCAGUCGCUCUGCUGGCUAUCAGCGCUUUCUUCUACUACGGGUUUUUCUACAACGCAGACAAGUCAUAAAACCACACUAAAAAUGGGACCCAUGAUUCUGCAAAGAGCAUCAAACUCAAAGCCAUCUUGGUACAGGGACACGGUUGUGAACACAUGAAAAAGGCCCAGCAGUUAUAUUGAUAAAAUGCCACAGUUCUGCAUCUAGAUGGUGUUGUUUUGCACUCCUCUGGUCAGAACCCAUCCCGGUUUUAUUGACAGCACACCUGAAAUUUUCUUAUUUAAAAAUGAAAUUUUCCAGCUUGUGAAAUAUCUAUCUCUGAUGUUAUCUUAAACUUUCCUUUUCACAGGCUUAUAUGGACUGACAAAGAAAAUGAAUUCUGGUUAUGCCUUUAUAUAUUUGACCUCUAUACACUUGUAACACUAUUCUUCAUCUGAAUGUUUACCUUAUGCUGCCUUCCAUUUGCCUCAGAUGUCAGAGCUGGGAGUGACAUCAACCGUGAGUUAGUAAGGUAACAAAAGUAAGGAAAUGUAGGAUUUGUUUAGCCUUUUAGCACUUAAAAAAACAUUGCUCUGCAUGUGACUUUUUUAGCAAGUCGCACAAACAUAAUAGUAAUAGUACAAAUUACAAGUUUUACAGUUUUGGUGCGGCUGCUUCGACUUUCUAAGUCUGACAGGAAACGUCAAAUGAAAGCACCAUCAUGUUCCUAACAAACCACCAUAUACUUGCUGUAUUUUGCGCAACAUGUCAGAUAGAUACUUUAUCAAGCAGUGCUGGACAAGUCUGCUUUUCAGUCAUUUAAGUAAGUGUUUGUAUUCAUGGUUCACAGUAUUUGUGCAGUUAAAUGCAUGAAAAUAUUUGAUAUAUAUGCCCUUUGUAUUGUCAUUAAGUCAAAGGCCGAGCCUGGAGAUUUUUUUCUUUCCUUUUAUUGAUACUCAUGCUGGUCGUACACCUACCUCCUAAUAACAGCGCUUCCAGAAAUGGCCAACAUGCUCACAAAUGUCCUUUUAAAUAUGACUGUACACAGUUAUGCUCUGAGAUUUGGAUUUUUUAAAAUAAUUGAUCUGUUUAAAUGCUUUUUUUGCCAUUUGUGCGUAUGUCUUUUAAAUCCAUAUAAUAAAUGCUUUGUGUCAAAUUCAAUGCAUAGU